CCCCAGCCCCCGCCCCGUCAGUGGGUGGAGCCGCUGCCCGUAAAGGCGGAUCCUAAAGCCGCACCACCAGCUACGAUGCAGCGCAACAACAACAGGAUUCAGGGAGACAUUGAUAGUGUAUCCCAUCGCCUGCAAGAUUUGGAUGUGGGCCGAGACAGCAACAAACACGAACGAAUACCUUCCCCUGGCCCACCCCAUGGGUUGUCGGAUUCGACCUAUGAUCAGCUUCUUUCCAACAUCGGCGGUGAUCAUACUAGGCCUAUCCACCUUGCACUUCAAUGGAUCGCCUUCUCCGUCCGGCCCAUUCGCCUUGAAGAACUUGCGGAGGUCAUGUCGCAACCGCGUGUAACACGCGCAGUGGCACUUCGGAAUCCUCCAUCCUAUGAUGCCCUGCUGAUUUCCGGGUUGAUUACAGUAUCGGAUGGAAGUAAUGAAGUUAGCCUCAUUCAUGCCUCUCUCAAGGACUAUCUCACUUCGGACCACAUUACUAAAAGCA